AUUUGGCGGAAAGAUAGCUAGGGUUAUCGGGGCGCCUUUGCUAGCAUUCAAAAGUUUGCAUAUCUUGUAAGAACUAGACGAUAGAAGGCGCCACUAGCUCGACGCAACAGUGCAAUCUCAUUUUAUUCUAAAUCCCGAAGUUCCGAAAGUGUUAUUUGUUUGCGUUCGUUCUGGGCACUGAGUGCGCAUGCGCCGGAAUUCAACAUCGCGCAGUGGCGAAUACAUACCAGACCGUUAAACAUCGAAGCAUCAGGCAUGGCUGAAGAAGCAAGCAACGAAUACACGCCUCCUGCGUUCAACUUCACGGACGAAGCAAGCCCAAGUACAAGCCGUGACAACACCCAGGGUGCUUCGUCUGCUUUAGGCGCCUACCCAACCAUUUCUGACGAUGCCUGGCCUUUCCAAUGGAACACGCAGCACAGGCCAACAACCGACGGGACUUACAACCUCGACGGUGUCACUGAAAAUGCAAGCACAAGUUCCCUCCUUCUGGGGUCCAACACCAGCAUCGAUAAUGAAAUGCCAAGCACAAGUCGCCCUGGCAUGGAGCAAGCAACCGCCAUUUUAGAACACGGCGCCAGAUUUCCUGAGACUACCAGUGUUGGCAAAUCGAACAAGCAGUACCACACGGUUGAUGGCACAUCCAGCGUCUCCGACAAUACUGAAGACCGAAGCAACGCAUUCAGACUGCCGGUCUACAGCAGCAGCAGCAGCGGCGGGGAUGACGCAGUGGCCAGUACAAGCCGCGCGGGCAUGCAGGACGCAACGGGCACAUUGGGAAACGAAUCCAGGAGUGCUAUUGGAAGCAGAGCAAGAGAACUGCAAGAGUUGUGCGGUGUCUCUGGCAAUGGUUCCAGCGGACGGGGUGCCUCACACGGCCACCCGUCAAAACAGGACUGGAACUUAGAACGUACGGAGGUGCACCACUGGAAAUUGCAGGGCAAGUGGAAGUGCCUGUGGUCUACCGAGAACAACGCAAGACGUUGCCUGUCGUGGUUGUACCUGGAAGGAAGCCGUCGCUACUUGGACUUGACUGGCUUGCAGAACUGA